UAAGUCUGUUUUACAAAACCUUCCAGGGGAUUUAGCAGAAGCUUUUAUUCUUGAAGAGAAAAGAAGAAUAGAUAUCUUUGAAGGAAACUCUUCCAGUGAACAAAAUGAAAAGCCUCAACUCUGUGCCGUGUUCUUGAAUGGAUGCAAUUAAUAGACUGCUGGAGCACAGCUUCCAAGCCUCCUGACAGAGCCCCGUUCAGACCAUACCAUCGACACCACAGCUCACUCUGAUGGGUUGUUUUAUCUUCAACAGUGGAAAUGUGACUUUGCCUGGGAGGAACCCUUAUACUGUGCAGGCCUCUGUGCCUCUAACAAUCCUGGUGGGUAUCCUUAUCCUGCUAACACUGUUUGGUAAUGUCAUGGUAGUAAUUGCUGUGAUGACAAGCCGUGUCCUGAGAGCACCUCAGAACUUAUUUUUAGUCUCUCUAGCAUGUGCAGACAUCCUGGUUGCCACUUUAGUGAUGCCAUUCUCUUUAGCGAAUGAACUAAUGGGUUAUUGGUUCUUUGGGAAGGUAUGGUGUGGAAUCUACCUGGCUUUGGAUGUUCUUUUCUGCACAUCAUCCAUUGUUCAUCUGUGUGCAAUAAGCCUGGACAGAUACUGGUCUGUCACACAAGCCAUUGAGUAUAACCUGAGAAGGACACCACUCAGGAUUAAAGGCAAAGUCUGCUUAGUUUGGAUACUGGCAGCUCUCAUUUCAUUUCCUCCGCUUAUCACAGCGAAAAAGGACAAAACAGACAGUCUUGAAUGUGACAUUAAUGGUGAGAAAUGGUACAUCAUAUUCUCCAGUUGUGCCUCCUUCUUUGUACCCUGUGUCAUUAUGAUUACGGUGUAUGUUAGAAUCUACCAGAUUGCCAAGAAAAGAACAAGAGCCCCACCUGGAGAAAGGCAAAGACACAAUGGGAACUCAGAAGACCCAAAGUUCGGUUUGGACACGCUGGAGAGAAAAGACAGAGAACAGAGGGAGGUGAGAGGAGAAGACGGUAAAGAGGCUAAUGAGCUUGAUGUGGAGGAAGAACCCUCCUCUUCCGAUGGGAAUGAAACAAUCCUAUGUUCACUUACAAAGAAGAAGGCUAUGAAAACAGCAAAAGUGACUCAGGUGAAUCCCGGAGAAAGCGCUUCAAAACCACAGCCGGAGUCCCGCGAGAGAGGGAGAAGGUGGAAAGGAAGGCUGUACAGAGAGAGGCGCUUUACAUUUGUUCUGGCUGUAGUCAUGGGAGUGUUUGUUCUCUGCUGGUUCCCCUUUUUUUUCACGUACACGCUCACCGCUGUGUGUGACAAGUGCUGUGUGCCAGAGACCCUGUUCAAAAUGUUCUUCUGGUUAGGUUACUGCAAUAGCUCACUAAACCCCGUCAUAUACACUGUAUUCAAUAAUGACUUCAGGAAAUCUUUUAAAAAGAUCCUUUGUAAAAGGGACAGAAGAGUGUAAUAAAUACUUUUAUGCAUUCAUUUCGAACACUAAAGGGCGUUUGGUCAUACAUUUAUCUGUAAUUGUAACCUUUGAAAAUAUUAGACAAUAUUGAAUAUUUGAAAAAGAAAAGGGCAUUUUUUCUGUUAUAUAUUAAUGUUUUAUUGAUACUAAGUGUUAGUUUUUGCGAUAUUAAAUCAUACUUAAAUCCAUGAUGUGCAUUUGCUACACAGCUCGUAUUAUAUUUGGACAACCUGUGAGUUAAAGCUUUGAUAUUGUGAAGUUGUAUCAAUGUUGAUGAUGCACAUUUUCUACGUGUGUAUGCUGGUAUACAGUAUUUAAACUGAUAUCCUGUGUUUGUUUUUAGCUUCAAAGAUAAUAGCUUGUAGAAGACAGCAGAAGCAUAUUGCAACAGAGUCUGCUCAACAUAUGCAAAAUUGUCCAUGUUGGUAAUACAAAGGCAGACAUUUGGCUUAGACAUUACCACAAUAAACAUGCCACGGCUUCAUCAACGUGACUGUUCAUGGAGUAGCUGAAGAAAAUGAUUACUAGUGAAAAUUAUACAUUACUGUAAAUCCACAAGAAUGUCAAAGGAGUCUAAAUAAGCAUAUAAGUAUUAUGUUUGAACCUUAGUGAUGCGCUCACAGCAGGCUGAAGGAAUGCCACAUCGAUGCACAUAAGCUUCUCUGUCUAUGCCAAUUGAAUUAAAAACAUAAACACAUUUAAGAAAUGUAGAUAACUGUAAAUGCUACAAUAUUGCCAAUAAAAAAAUGCAUACUUUGUAUAGUGCAAUCAAUAGCAGGAAGUCAUAAUAACAAGUUGCACCCAAAGGACGCUAUCCCCACAGCACCAACUAUUCUCAAACAACAAAUGCAUGAACAAGACAAUUAUAUGAAGAGAAAAUGAUGCCUUGGAGGUACGGGUGGCAAAACAAUAUCUAAUUCAGUUCAUUGUGAAUUAUAGUCCUUCAUAUCAGGAUAUCAUUAAAUCCUUCCCCUGAGUCAAACAGAAGUCAUGGAGCAAUAGAAAUAUGAUUGGCUCCUGCAAACACUGUGAAGUUAAUAUCCACACAUGCUUAUCAAUGCGUUGUUAUCCUACUUGGUGUGUUAUCACCAUUCAUUGUCUUGUCGCUAUUUAACCACACUUUUCAGAACAGUAAAACCUUUAUUUAUAGUUCUAAUUCCAAGCCACUAUCAGCCUGUGAACCUGACAUAAAGUAAAUAAGCCAUCCAUAAUUGUUUUAACUUAGCAAACAUUUCCACCCCCAGCCACCUCUCAUACAACAGAGUGAUUCCCAUGGCUUGUUCUUUGGGACUCUGGUGUUUUGAGAUUCCUGUGGUACACAUGUGUGGGUUCAGCCAUGUCUCAGAGUCUUAAAAUACAGCAUCCAUUAGGAAUGGCAAACUAUCGACCUGACUGUCGAAUGUUCCCACGAACAAUUUGUCAAAAGGAAUAAAAUAAAAAUACACUGUAAUGGAAGCUUUGUGGUAAUGAGGGUUUAUUCGAUAUAAAUCAUAAUUUCUAAAGGGUCUGCUAUAACAGCCCUAAUAAGAAUAGAUUAUCUUUUGAAACAUUUUGACAGGUAUCUGCUUGUAUUAGUAAUACAAAUAAACAUAAAAAACUAUUUAGUACUAUAAAGUAUUCAAAACAAAUAUUUCUACUGCUGCACAUCAGUAUGGUUUGAACGAUGAAACUGCAGUGAUUGCCGUCUGAAUUCAUCCUUUAAUUAAAAUAACAAUUCUCCUGGAGUCUGCUGCUAUGCUUGAGCAGCAGGAUGCAUAAAUUACAUUUUUAACACACUCACCAAGCAACAGAGAAAUUAAAUGCCAAGAGGCCCAUAACAUUACUAGGCCAAAAGAUUAAUGCAAAAGUAGAAGUCGUGAAGUAUAACAAGAGUUAUAUGUAAAUCACAAAAAUACAGACAAAUGUUGACUGCGUCAAAUAUAGCUGGAUGUUUUUUCAACGUGCUGUGGGACUGACGGUUGGUUAGAUAAAUAAGCACUUACAUUAGCUAAUCUCAGUGUAUGCACACAGAAGACCACUUGCACGGUCUGCAGAGAGAAUGAUUUAUUUCCCUCUCUACAGGCCACAGAGCACCGCGAUUUAUGCAUCUGACAUCCUUUAUAAGCUGCUUCUGGCGAAAGUUCUUACAACUUUCACGCAGCUCUCUGCUCAGCUUCCAUCAUUUUAUUCUAAUUUCUCCCCACUUACAACUCAAUAAGUGCUCUUUAAAGCUGCUGGCCAUGUAUCUCAAAGGGGUCUAACUUAGAGACAAUUAAAGAGCACUGAGAAAAGUGUGCAUCUUGGAUAAACAAGGACUGCCAAGGCAGGAUUGCACAGAGUCAGAGAAACAUCAAGGUCACACUAACAAGUUUAAAUCAUAGCUGGUGAUGAAUAGAGUGUUUUUAAUUGAAUGUUGGGUCAUUCAUUAUGGUUUUGAGCACAAUGCAUCAUGCACACGGGGGCAUAUAAUACUUCCUCCCCCCUGAAUUGAUAAGGAUGCAAGACAAUCAAAUUAGAUUCUCUGGGAUGUAAGCAGCAGGAGCCUCCUGUUUAAUUUGCCUCAUGAUCUCACUGUGCUCACAUUGCAUCCAAAAUAAAUAUUUCAGUCCCUAGUUUUCUGAAUGUGUUUAAUAUUUUUAAGCAUAAUAUUUCUAGCUGUCUAAUUAUGCAGAAGAUGGCUGCAUUUUUCUUUGCGAGAAAUUAUAAAAUGAUAACCCAACAUAGUAGGAGGAAAAUCAAAAAUAUGGACGUUUCUGCAAUAGCUUUGCAGCCCAGUGUUUUCUGUUUUCCAAGACUGGUGUAAUUAGAGACUAUUUUUGAUCUCCAGAAGAAAACCCCAGGGAAAAGAGGACCUCAACGAGGAAUAAAGACAGCCAAAGUGCAUGGAUAAUGUGAAGUUGAAUAAAUAUUUCAAAUAUGGCAACAAAUCAAAGUUCAUUCUUUAGGUCGGCCAGCACAGUCUUUACUAAUUCAUGCUUUACUUUAAUCAUAUUUACCUCCUGUUUGUAUUGAGCUGCAGCAGAAAAUCCCUGCUUAAUUAUUCAUCAAAACCAUCAGCAAAUUCAGUUAAUGCGAGUUUAUUUCACAGUACCUGAUGGUUAGAUUGUAGUUACACAAAAGAUACCUUAUGCAAGUGCUACUUGAAUGAGAAAUAUGAAAGCAGUCCUGCUUUUAACAUUUAUCUAUUCAAUUCAAUUCAGUUUUAUUUAUACUGCGCCAAAAAA